CUGUUCCUCCGUGAAAACUGAAAAGCAAGGAAAAGGGAAAGCACAUUCAUUCCCCACCAACCCAAUAAAAAAUAAUGUAAAACAGAAGUUCAAAAGAAAAAACAUUCGAGGGGGGCAAGGGACAAGCGAACCGCAGAUACAAAUUGUCUGCUCUAACCGCAACAGCAGCAGCGUUACUUGGCAUCGCAAAUUAACUCCGGCUGCUGCUUCAGUUGUUAUUACAUACUCUUUCCUUUUUGCUCACUCUCUCGCCCACCGACGACUUAUUACAGCGAGCCCACAACACGCGUAGAGCAAGGAGCAAGGUGGGAAAGAAGAAGGCGUCGGAAAAGUUGGCGUCUUGGCCGGUUCAGGAGUAAAAUUAUGGGAUUUGGUUCUAUGAUUUGCUGUGGAAAAGGAUUAGAUCGGAAAGGGCAAGGCAAGAAGCAGCCAAGUUGGCGGAUUUUCUCAUUGAAGGAGUUACAUGCUGCUACUAACAACUUCAAUUAUGAUAAUAAGUUGGGUGAGGGUGGAUUUGGAAGUGUCUACUGGGGUCAGCUUUGGGAUGGAUCACAGGAGCUUAACAUAUCUGGAAAUCUAAACAUGGUGAUUAUACAGAUUGCAGUCAAGAGGCUGAAGGUGUGGAGCAACAAAGCCGAGAUGGAAUUCGCUGUCGAAGUGGAAAUACUAGCCCGUGUGCGCCACAAAAAUCUGCUCAGCCUUAGGGGGUAUUGUGCCGAAGGGCAAGAACGUCUUAUUGUGUAUGACUACAUGCCUAAUCUAAGCUUGCUCUCUCAUCUCCAUGGACAGCACUCCUCAGAAUGUCUCUUAGACUGGAAGAGACGGAUGAACAUUGCAAUAGGCUCGGCUGAAGGAAUUGCCUACCUCCACCACCACGCAACCCCACACAUAAUCCACCGAGACGUGAAGGCUAGCAAUGUGUUACUAGACUCAAACUUUCUGGCCCAAGUUGCAGAUUUUGGAUUCGCCAAGUUCAUCCCCGAUGGUGCAACACAUGUCACGACGAGAGUGAAAGGCACGCUAGGCUACCUAGCUCCUGAAUACGCAAUGCUGGGGAAAGCCUCGGAGAGCUGCGAUGUGUACAGCUUUGGGAUACUGCUGCUGGAGCUUUGCAGUGGGAAGAAGCCACUCGAGAAAGUGAACGCCACGGUUAAACGCACAAUCACUGAGUGGGCACUGCCGUUGGCAUCCUCCAAGAAGUUCGAUGAGGUGGCAGACCCACGGCUGGAUGGGAAGUUUGAUGCAGAAGAGAUGAAGAGGAUUGUUCUUGUGGCUCUGGUUUGUGCUCACAACAAGCCCGAGAAACGACCCACGAUGGUGGAAGUGGUGGAGCUACUGAAAGGGGAAUCAAAGGAGAAGCUGAGUGAGCUGGAGAAUGACGAGCUGUUCAGGACUGCUGAAUCAUCAGGUUUGGAGGACUCGAGAUUACCUGCAGAGGACAGCUCAGAUGUGAUUUCAGAAGCGAAUGAUUCUUAGCAACAGAAGAUAUAAAUAUAUGUGCCUAUUAUGCUUGAGGAUCUGGAAGUGUCACUAGUUUGUAAAAUGAACUUAGCUGUCGGGUCGUACGCAGAUGAACCUAGGCUCGUUUUUUUCCUUUGCGAGGUUUCGACAGAUCAUGACCUUCGAGUGUGUUUUCUGUUUGCUUGGUUGCGAUCUUUUUUGCGCUUCUCAUUCUGUGUGUUAAUGCUUUCCGACAACCUUCGAUGUCAGCUUUGGUUGUCUGGUACAUGGAUAGAUUUUGUUGAUGUUGGUAAGUUGUAACACAAUGGCCAGGCGGUAAAUUACUAAAUGUAUGUGUAGACAGAUUCUUUCAAGGAUGAUCGAUCUUUUCUCUUCAUGUAAUCUAUUUUGUCACGCAA